AGAGAGAGAGAGAGAGAGAGAGAGAGAGAGAGAAAGAGAGAAAUUUCCAAAUCCCCAACGGCAAUCCUUCUCCACGCAUACUUUCCGGCGGCGGAUCAAUUGCAGGUAAGCUUGCAUUUCGAUGAAUCCCUUGACAUUGGUAAAGCGAAUUCAGAACAUAAACAAACAAGAAGCGAGUUUAGGAAUUUCCGAGGACGCAUCAUGGCAUGCAAAGUAUAAAGAUUCAGCUUAUGUUUACGUUGGUGGCAUUCCGUUUGACCUAACGGAAGGCGAUCUAGUUGCAAUCUUUGCUCAAUAUGGGGAGAUUGUGGAUGUUAACCUAAUCAGAGACAAAGGUACCGGAAAAUCCAAAGGCUUUGCGUUUGUUGCUUACGAGGAUCAAAGAAGUACUAUACUGGCUGUAGACAAUCUAAAUGGAGCACAAAUUUUGGGCCGUACAAUUAGGGUUGAUCACGUGAACAAAUACAAGAAACUAGAGGAAGAGGACGAGGAAACUAAGCAGCAGAAGAGGGAGGAGCGAGGGGUAUGCCGUGCUUUUCAGAAAGGAGAAUGUAAUCGUGGAGACAGCUGCAAAUUCUCUCACGACGCGCAAAGAGCUGCUAAUACGGGAUGGGGUGCUGAGGAAGAUAGACACUCGAGACGUACACAGGACAAAUACGAGGGCUCAUUAGGACAUCGGUCCAAAAAUACAUCACCACCUCCCUCUCGGCAAAUUCCUAAACCUAGUGACAGAGAUUCUCAAUACUCUCGAGCAAAGAGUGAUGAGUUCCGCAAUAGCUCAAGUACUGAUAAAAGGCCGAGAUCGAGAUAUCCAGAGUCUGGGGAAGAACGUGAUAGGAGAAACGAGAAGAUACCGAGAAAAAACGAGUCCGAGUCCUAUCAGCGGGAAGACAAAUAUCGCAGGGAAAGAAGGGACAGUAGUAGGUAAAGUCGUGAUAGAAAAGAUGAAUGAAAUAGACAAAACCAGUGGAUUGAGUGCUCUGCGCAAUAUACGGGAGACAAGGUAAUCUACUUAGUUUUUCCUCUAAUUCAAGGUUGGCAAAAUGGAAGUGGAGUUAACUGUCGGUCCUUUUGCUCGAAAAUAUUGAUAGUUCGAGUGAAAAUGACUGCCUCGGUUGUUUUUAGACAAUGAUGGUUGAAGACCAAAAUGGUUGCCCCUUCUUUGUUUUACCGUCAUUUAGAUAUCCUUGUUUCAAAACCAAAGUGUGUUUUACUUCUGUGACAAUGUGAUUAGUGAUGCGUUUUGGGAUAUGAUUACUUGUGAGAAUUACUGCUAUAGUUAUUAGCUUUAUGGGCACCAAUGGGAAAAAUACCUAGAUAAUUCUGACUUUUGUAAAUUUGAGUUUUUAGCAGUUCUAAUAGGUUGUGUUGUGAU